AUGUCAUGUCUCCAGGAGGAGCGAGUGGUGCUGGUGGCGACGGGCAGCUUCUGUCCUGUGCACAAGAUGCAUGUGCGCAUGUUCGACAUUGCGCGGGCACACCUGGUCAGCAAUGGAUUGUACACCAAUAACGUUCUACAAACAACAAAACAGAACGUGGUCGGCGGCUUCUUGUCGCCCAGUCACGACGUGCACGUUCAGGCCAAGCUGGGCGAGCGCUACAUCUCCGGUUUGGACCGAGUUAAGAUGUGCGAACUGGCUGUGGCCGAUUCAGAGUGGCUGGCAGUGUCGUCUUGGGAGUGCUCUCAGCCGCACUUCGUGUCCUUUGACCAGGUGACCCAAAACAUCCAGGAGUAUCUCAACCAACAGAUGCCCCAGUACCGCUGGCGUUGCUUCUUCCUCUGCGGUGCAGAUCUGGUUUACCGGGAAAAAGAUUAG